AUGGAAAAAGACGACAACAGUUUAGUUUCGAUUACAGAACCUGGAUCUGAAGUAGAAGUUCCUAAAGAACCUAAAAGACCACGUAUGUUCUAUUUCAUGCGUUUAUUUGGGUUCGUUAAUCUAGUUCUUUUAAAUGUUUUAGCGAAUUUCCAGAAAACAUGUCCAGCUGUUGUCGCAGAAGAUAUGGCACUAAGUUACAAUGUCAGCAAGAAAUCUUUAGGUAGCUUUUCUGCAUCUUAUUACUAUCCAUACGGAAUAAUGCAAAUAAUUUCAGGUUUACUCUCAGAUAUGUUUGAUCCUGCGAUAGUACUUGGUGUUCUUGGUCUUGUUUCUGCUGGUGGUUCAUGUCUUGUUGGCUUUUCAAAAACAUUAUGGAUUGGAUCACUUGGAAGAUUCCUUGUAGGCCUUGGAACAGGACCAACAUACGUUGCUGCACUCAAAAUGAUAUCGAACUGGUACUUAAAAGAUCAAUUACCAAUAGCAUUAGGCAUAAACAUGGCUUUUUCAUGUGUUGGAGGAUUACUAUCUGGCUCUCCGUUAUCGAUCUUCUGUAAGAAGUUUGGUUGGAGAGUUGCUUUCCACCUUUUUGGUGGAAUUAGUGGAGUAUUAAGCUUAAUUGUACUUAUUUUUACUAGAGGCAGUCCAGAGAAGCAAGGAUUUGAUCCGGUUAAUCCUGUUCCUGUUGUUAAACCAGACGAAUCGUUUUGCAAGAAGCUCGAAACCCUUUUUUACAAUAUUUGGACAGUUUUAUGCUAUGGAUACUUCUGGGUUGUUGUUAUCUUCAACGUAUGUACAGUCACUACGUUCAUGAACAUCGCAGGGCUCUGGGCUGGCCCUUAUCUUUGCGAUAUUCUUGGAUACUCUAAAACGACAAGAGGAAAUGCUAUGAUUGCUCUACAUAUUGGAGUGUUCAUAGGGUCAGGCAUAUUACCUCCAAUUGCUAAAUGGGUCAAAACAAAGAAAUACGUCUUGAUUUUCUCAGCAAUUUUCACUUUCCUUCCUAUUUUCGCUUUGUAUCUUCAUGGUGAUCAUGUAUCAUAUGUAAUGAUAUGGGUUUAUUUCACUAUUUUGGGAACAUUUUCAAGAUCUGUGUUAAGUCUUGAUUAUCCGAUCUUAACUAGUUACUACACACCAUUGGUAUCUGGUUCUGCUGUUGGAAUUGCCAAUUUCUUCUUGAAUUUCGGUGUUGCUGUUUUUCAAUUGAUUUCUACCGAUAUUAUUCCGAGAUAUGGAUCAAUUCCGACAUCUUCUGAUGUAGAUAUGUAUACAUGGGAAGGUUACAAGAACGGACUUUGGCUCUUUAGCUCUGUUUGCGCAAGUGUCGCAAUUCUCAUGGGAAUAAUCAUGAAAGAUCCUGAUGACAAGCUAUGUAAUAAGGUCGAAAAGACUAAUAAUGAUGUCUUAGCUCAGUCUCUUCUUUUAGAUGAGGUUCAGAAACCAAUUAUUAUCGAAGAACCACAAGCUGAACAAAAGUCAUGA